ACCUUCUGCUACAGUUCCAUCAAGUUCAGCGACAGAGUUUCAAGAAAGUGCGCUGCGUGUGUGACUGCGAACUGGGUGCUGCGAUGUGUGAGUGAAUGCGUUCUUGUUGACUUUGUCACAGAAUUGGAAAACGAUUGAUGAAUGUGAAUGUGCUAUCGAGUUAACCGGGAGAACAACAGACAAACGAGCGGAAAGGAAAGGCGCGAAGAAAGAUACACUCUGACGAUUAUACUUUGCCCGGACCACGCAAAAUCAUCACCAAUCAUCGGGGGCGUGUGUGAGGACGUGUUGUGUGUUACCGCUCGUUCUCCCGUUCACCAUUUUACCUGAACUGGUGAAGAGAUAUUGCACCCACCGGAACAACCAGUGUAAUCGGCGGACUGCCAUCUAUUCCGUUCCUUGUCCUAAGUCUAUUGCAUCUCGGGAAACCGUGUGAACGAGUGUGUUGAGUGUGGCACGCAUCUGCAGCACCCAUGAAUGUGUGCGCGUGUGAGAAGUAUGCAAGUUUUGCUGUGUAGUAAUAAUGGUUGGUAUGUUUGAGUGAGAUUGUGCGAAUGUUUGCUGUAAACCGACGUCGGCGACGAGUAUACGUGGAGGAGAUUUGAAAACAGAGAGACCUCGAAUCUCCCAUAACUCUGUGCGGUGUGUGUCCUAUUCGUACGAGAAUAUAGCUCCGCUUCGAACAGUGCCCAUCGAUCUUCAAAAGAGAGAACAAGACUGAUGACCAACAUCUUCUAUGUUUGACUUGCCUGGGUAACGGUGCAAAGGAGAGAGCUCAUAUUUAACAAGCCCCGAUCGCAAGGAUAAUAACAGCCACUGCAGGGGUGCGUAAACCAAGUAAUUUACCGAUAAGGCAACUAGAACGGACAAUACCCAAAUCAGUGCAUCCUUUCAACGAACAACGAACCAACCUCCACCACCAUUACCAACAUCACCAUCCCCCCCACUGUCGUCACCCUGCAGCGGAACUGUAGAAUGAUCGUCUCCUCGACUGAACGAGGGUGAAUGCGGAAGGAUGAAUGCGUAACCAAGGACGACGUCAAGCAAAUCAACAAUCUCGACUGAUUUGAGAAUGUUGUCGGAAGGACCGCUUUGCAAGGGACCAGCAGCACAGUAAGCGUGUAAGGAACGAGUGAACGAGAGUGUGCAAGAAGCGCAUUUUUAAAGGAAAAAUUUGCUGAAUUUGUUUAAACCUUUGUUGCCGUCAACACAACCGACGUUAUCGUAGACGAAAAGUUGGAAAAAUUAAGCUCGCGCAACGCUUGGUUUGAACAAAUCCUCGAGGUGUGUGGUGUUGUAUAUACACAACAGCGUGUGGAUAGAAGCGUGCAUGUGUGUGUGUGUAUGUGUUGAAUAUUAAAGCGGACUGUUUGUGGUGAGAGUGUGUGAAAGAUUAUUGUGAGAAGGACGCAAUUGCAUCAAUAAAAGUGUGCAGUCCGAUUGUUUCAACUCUACAGUCAAGCGAAUCGGUUGAACGGCAGUAACGAUGGCUAUUCCAAUGAUACGCCUCGACGAGGCGAACCAAUUGUUGGACUUUUCGAAAAAGCUUGACAUUGACCUGCUGGACAACAUCGUCUCAUGCUUGUACAAUAGCACCGGCGAACAGCUGCGCCUCGCUCAGACGGUGCUGACGACACUAAAGGAGCACCCGGAUGCGUGGACGCGCGUUGACAGCAUACUGGAGUUUUCACAGAACCAGCAGACGAAAUUCUACGCACUGCAGAUCCUGGAGGAAGUGAUCAAGACGCGCUGGAAAAUUCUGCCCCGCAACCAGUGCGAAGGCAUCAAGAAGUAUGUGGUGGGGCUGAUCAUCAAGACGUCACAGGAUCCAGCAAUGAUGGAAGCGAACAAGGUUUACCUAAACAAGCUGAACAUCAUCCUGGUGCAGAUACUGAAGCGCGAGUGGCCAAACAACUGGGAAACGUUCAUCAGCGACAUUGUCGGCGCGUCCAAGACCAACGAGACGCUGUGCCAGAACAACAUGAUCAUCCUGAAACUGCUCAGCGAGGAGGUGUUUGACUUUUGCUCGGGUCAGAUCACGCAAACGAAGGCGAAGCAUCUGAAGGACACCAUGUGCUCGGAGUUUGCGCAGGUCUUCACGCUGUGCCAGUUUGUGCUGGAGAAUUCCCUGAACGCGCCACUAAUCUCGGCGACGCUGCAGACGCUGCUAAAGUUUCUCAACUGGAUCCCGCUCGGCUACAUCUUUGAGACGAAGCUGAUCGACAUGUUGGUCUGUCGCUUUCUGACGAUACCGAUGUUUCGCAACAUCACGAUCAUGUGCCUGUCGGAGAUUGCGGGCCUGCAGCUGCCGAACUACGAUCACGUGUUCAUUGCCUUAUUCAAGCAGACGAUGGAGCAGUUUGACACGAUGAUACCGCCGAACACGAACAUGAACCAGAUCUACAUGAACGGGUCGGACGACGAGCAGUGCUUCGUGCAGAACCUGGCCAUGUUCCUGUGCACCUUUUUGCGGGUGCACGCGACGCUGGUGGAGAAGCGGGACACAAUGGAGGUGGUGCUGAAGGCGCUCGACUAUCUGGUAAUGAUUUCCGAGGUCGAGGAUGUGGAAAUCUUCAAGAUCUGCUUAGAGUACUGGAACAGCCUGACCGGCGAACUGUACAAAGAGGCGCACACCUCCAGCCAGCGGCGCACCUUCUACCACAAGAUCCUGUCGAAGGUGCGUUACAUCAUGAUUUCGCGCAUGGCCAAACCGGAGGAGGUGUUGGUGGUGGAGAACGAGAACGGCGAGGUCGUACGCGAGUUCAUGAAGGACACAAAUAGUAUUAAUCUGUACAAGAAUAUGCGCGAAACACUUGUCUACCUGACGCAUCUCGACUAUGCCGACACGGAGCGCAUCAUGACGGACAAGCUGAACAACCAGGUGAACGGUAGCGAGUUUUCGUGGAAGAACCUGAACACGCUCUGCUGGGCGAUCGGUUCCAUCUCCGGCGCGUUCUUCGAGGAGGACGAGAAACGCUUCCUCGUGACGGUCAUCAAGGAGUUGCUGGGGCUGUGCGAGCACAAAAAAGGCAAAGACAACAAGGCUAUCAUUGCGUCCAACAUAAUGUACGUGGUCGGACAGUAUCCACGCUUUUUGCGGGCUCACUGGAAGUUCCUCAAGACGGUCGUGAACAAGCUGUUCGAGUUUAUGCAUGAAACGCACGACGGUGUACAGGACAUGGCCUGUGAUACUUUCAUCAAGAUAGCGCUCAAAUGCCGCCGGCACUUUGUCCAGCUACAACCAAACGAAUCCUGCACCUUCAUCGAAGAAAUUCUGGCAACGAUGAGUAGCAUCAUUUGCGAUCUACAGCCUCAGCAGGUUCAUACGUUUUAUGAAGCGGUCGGAUACAUGAUCUCUGCUCAGGCCGACCAGGUGCAGCAAGAUAUUCUGAUCGAAAAGUAUAUGAUGCUGCCGAAUCAGGUUUGGGACGAUAUCAUCUCACAAGCGACCAAGAACGUGGACAUAUUGAAGGACAUGGGCGCAGUGAAGCAGCUCGGCAGCAUACUUAAAACGAAUGUACGUGCUUGUAAAGCUCUGGGCCAUUCGUACGUUUCGCAGCUUGGGCGCAUCUAUCUCGAUAUGCUGAACGUGUACAAGAUAAUGUCGGAAAACAUUACGCAAGCAAUUUCGCUGAACGGACUGUCGAUCAACAACCAGCCGCUGAUAAAGGCGAUGCACGUCGUGAAGAAGGAAACGCUGACGCUCAUCUCGGAGUGGGUAUGGAAGUCGAACGAUCCGAAGAUGGUGAUGGAAAAUUUCAUUCCGCCCCUGCUCGAGGCAGUGCUGUUCGAUUAUCAGCGCACGAAGGUCCCCAAUGCACGAGAACCGCUUGUGCUUAGCACGAUGGCAUCGAUUGUGAACCGGCUGCAGGCUGUGAUCACGCCGGAGAUACCAAAAAUCUUUGACGCGCUGUUCGACUGCACGCUGGACAUGAUCAACAAAAACUUCGAAGACUACCCACAGCAUCGUACGAACUUCUACGAGCUGCUUCAAGCGGUCAACAUGUACUGCUUCAAAGCGUUCUUGAGCAUUCCGCCCGAACAGUUCAAGCUCGUGUUUGAUUCCAUCGUGUGGGCGUUCAAGCACACGAUGCGAAACGUGGCCGACACUGGCUUAAACAUACUUAUGCAGAUGCUGCAAAAUCUCGAACAGCACCCGCAAGCCGCGCAAAGCUUCUAUCAAACUUACUACACGGAUAUCCUGAUGCAGAUCUUCUCCGUUGUAACGGACACGUCGCACACGGCAAGCUUGCAAAACCAUGCCACGAUCCUGGCGUACAUGUUUUCACUGGUGGAAGCCGGUCGCAUUACGGUCAAGCUCGGACCCUCGGACGACAACGUGCUAAACAUUCAGGAGUAUGUGGCGAUGCUGCUCAAGUCCGCCUUCAGCCACCUGACCGGCAAUCAGAUCAAGAUAUUCGUCACCGGCCUGUUUAACCUUGACCAGGAUGUACACGCAUUUAAGGAGCAUUUACGAGAUUUCCUGAUCCAGAUUAAGGAAGUGACCGGGGAAGACGAUUCCGAUUUGUACCUGGAGGAGCGGGAGAACGAGCUGAAAAAAAUACAGGAAGAAAAACGACGCAUGCUGAUGACGGUUCCGGGCAUGAUGAAUCCGCACGAAAUGCCGGAGGAUAUGCAGGACGAAUAGAGAGAUGGCGGCGCUGCAAAAUGUACAGGGAGAAAAGGUACCGCCGCGAUUUCGCUGUCUGUCCCCCCGACUUCCCUCCUUCAUCCAUCCACCCAUCCUUCUUAUUUUCCAUCUAGCAAUGGCUAGGCAACUACUGCGGGGAUCUCUCUCUCUCUCUCUUGCAAUUCUUAAUUGAUCGUGAAAAAACAACAACCACACACCUGUGUUUCACCAAGCAAAGGUAACCUCUCGUUAUAAGGGAAUAUCAUCGAGAAAUGCACGAGAAAAGGAGGGGGACGGGCGAUAUCGCAAAUAAUAAGUGUGUGCACUAGUGACAAAAGUAGGCCGUGAAUUGGGAAAGCGCGAUCUCUAAGGACAUUAACAGGACAGGACGGCUUACGCUGAUGAUGAUUAUGAUGAUAGAAUCGAUAAGCGUACAACAACACUGAACCCAUGUGAGAAGAGAGGAGGAUAAACAGCAGGCGUGCGCAUAGAAUUUAAGAUUUUUCUUUCUUUUCCUUUUUUUGUUCUGUUCUGCUCUGUCGUUUUGGAAGUAAAUUGGAAUUUUGCGCCUGCAGCAACGGCAGCACCACCCUACCCCCAUUGAACGCCUGAAAGGAUCUUACUUUUAAACCACAAACAGUGUGUGCGUGUGCGCUCGUGUGUUCGUGUUUGUGUGUGUGCGUGUGUGUGCGUGUGCUAAACUGUAGUAUGUAAGCGUGUAUGAUGUGCGCGAGUAUGGUAUUGAGUUGAUGAUAAUGCGAUGAUGAAUGCGUAGUGGUGAGGGGAUUAGUGCACUCCACACUGCAUGGUGGUAGUAUGUGUAUGUACAAAGGAUAAUGCAUCUUUGGUUGAAAAAUGUACCGACAGUAGUACCCACGGAGGAGAAUCUGCUGUGUUUUGCUGUAGGUGAAGGUCAGUAGGAAGUGUUAAGAGUAGACGACGAGCAGCUGCUUCUUCUCUUCUUUUAGACCCCCCCACACACACACACACACACAUACACUAAUGAUAAACAUUUGUGACCGGUUUGCACAUGAAAAACGUGUAUUAUCAGCCUUUGUUAGGGAGUGGGGCUGGGGCUAUUAACGCCCAACUAAAUGAAGUAAUAUUCUAUAUGUUUUAAAGCAUUUUUACACUACCCCCUAAACAUUUCAAAUGCAUUAACAUUUGCCGGCCAGAAGAAUUUCUUUUUUCGUGUUUUUGUUUUGCUUUUCGUGCAACAAUCCCGGACUGCGGACGCUGUUUGUUGGGCAAUUUUGAGAGUUCUUUUUUUUUCAUCUUGCAUCAUUUCAAACACACUCCACACGAGGACAAUAACUUUUCGGCUUAUUGGUUUACAAAUUAAUUAAUUAAUUUCACAAAUGGAUUGUAAAAUUUGCCUAAAGUGUAUGGUACAGGCGAAUCGCUUGUCAAGGGCUUGUUUGAGCUUAUUGGUUCGCAUCAAUUCCCACUAAUACCAGAAGCGUUUACGUUCGCAUCAACAACAAGGGAGGGAACGGUUUGUAAAUAAAACGCGGUAGAAUGUAAACAAUCUACAUUGUUGGGGAGAUGCCUCAAGCAUCCUUCUCCUUCCCCCGAGUACAAGCUUUGUUGUUCUUUUCUUUUCUUUUGGGAACAUUACAAACAAGACUGUGUGGAUUUGUGUUUGUGUGUAUGUAUGUGUGUGUGUGUGUGUGUGUGUGCGCAUUUGUGUGUAAUCCUUACUCGUGUGGUAUAUAACGACAAUGGAUUUUUGCCUUUCUUCCCUGUCCAAUGGAGACCCAUUUUUGAAAAUAGGUUUGACCCUUAUCAUAAACCUAUGCUCAGCAAGUCCAACAUAGAAAUAGGGAGAGUAUUUUGCAUUUUAAAGCAUUGGUAGCUAACCAUUUAAAGCAUCGGCAGGUGGCAGGAGCGGGUGUUUCAAGGGCCAUGUCGUGUACACAGUGUAAUCGCACACACGUGAGCAGUGUUGUUUAAUAUAACACAAACACAAUCGGUCGCGGUGUGAAAACACCACGAGAGAAAACCACCACCACCUAAGUGCAGCUAGUAUGUAAGUGUCGCAUUCGGCGCGUGCAGAUCAGAUGAAAGCAAAAUCAGUGUGUAUGCAAAUUGUAUAUUAUCUUGUUUUUUUUUCUCUCUUAACCUUUCAUCCAACCUUCACGCUAGGAGGGUGAAAUUGUCGCAAUUGUAAAUUCAGAACGCAACAACUAAUAAUGCGUGUUAUUUGGCAUCAAAUGGCAUUGAAACACAUUUAUUUCACACCCCCAGACAUUUAAAAAGCGCGCGACUAAUAAUGUAAUAUCGACAACAACCACAAAUCAUCGAACCAUCGUACGUGAGGAGGAGAACACGCUUCCCUUCUUGUGCGUUUGUGUAAAUGUGUUUUUAACCGAUAGAGAGAGAAAAGAGAGUCCAUUUUGCGCUAUUCAAGCACUAAAUUAUCGAAAGGAUUGAAAGCAAAACACACACGCAACACAACAUAACAUACACACAAAGCGGAAGUGUGCUCCUGCAGCACGCGCGGUACUAGUAGUAACAGACAGUUGAUAGUAGUAGUGUUGGAGCGCCGCGCAUCUCCCGUUUCGUAGAUUGUAAGCUGCUUAGCGAUAGUGCACCCCCCCUCUCCACCCCCUCUCCCCGUCGGGGGUCAUCACAGGUUCGUGCACUGAACAAAUUACACCUUUUUUUCGUUUGCGUGUUUGCGGUUUAUAUACGAGCGAUGAUGGAGAAUGAAUGUGUGUGUUUGUCUGUUUGUCUGUGUGUGUGUGUGUGUACGCGCGUGAGUUUACAUUGAAUGGUGAAGCUGGAGAAUGUCCUUUCAAAACAGUGUGUUGGGGACACAACAGUAGUGGUGGGUUUCUUUUCCUUUCUACUUCUUCGUUUUAAUAAUUACUAAGCAAAGUUGUUGCGUGCGAGCGUGAAUGUGUUUUUUUUCUUCUUCUUGCUCUUUCUCCGGCAAAGGGUGGAAGUAAAAUUGCACUGUGUGUGACGAUGUUUAACACACACCUACAAAAACACCUUGAAAACCUGUCACACGUCCGACAAAAGCGAGGAAAUGAGGGGGAAAAGAAAAAAAAGCAGUGCAAAAGCAGGUGGAAUGCAACAUAGAAUAAAAAAAAA